CAAAUGGAGAGAAAGGACCGCUAUGGGCACAACUGAUGAAUGUCCUACAAUAUCCGAUUUUCAUGGUUUAUUUAAUCAGCAUAUUUUGCCGUAUUCUACGUGAUCUCAAUUGAGCAGUUCGAGGCAAUGGCAACAUCAGGGGACGAGUUGUUUUCCACCUCUUGGACACUCCAUCGCUUAUCCCCUCUAUAUCAUGGAAAGGAGUGUGAAACGCUUCUAGAUAAUCCACAGGGAUUGGAAUUAUACGCAACGCGUUUGCGUGACCUCCUUCGGGGUGAUGUGCUUCGUGGCGUGCAGGUUGGCCUUGAAGGCCUGGGUGCUGUGGACGACGCGAUCUCAAAAGCAGGGCAUUUGAAAUCGUGCAGGUGGGAUGUGCUUCCGACUUGGAGUCAUUGGAAUGAAGAGGAGUCUCUGCUGGAAGAUCCCGACCACGCAAAAUCUGUCAUAUCUCCAGAAGUCUCAGCGGGAAUUCUGGUUACCCUUGAAUAUGAGAAUAUCACCUAUAAAGCAGCCAUGAUGUCAGGUCCAGAUGGCUACCAUGAUACUCAGAAAAAUGUAACCUUUCUUCCUUUACUUCUGACCCGUCUUCCAAACUCUUUGCGUCAAACUUUUAUUUCUUUCUUGUCAACCAGUUUCGACACACGCUGUACAGUUCUUCGGUUGACGUCUAGUUUUCUAUGCGCGACAUUUGAAAACUAUCUCUCGAUUUUGAAUCGAUCUGCGUAUGGACAGACAUCAGUUUCUUCACGGGGUCUUGUCGAGAAAUUAAUCAAAGAGACACAACUUACGCUAUCCUUCCCUACGCCAAUAUCUCCCGCGUUGAGAAGUUUAGAUGUACUUAUACCAAGCGAGUCUCUCAGCGCCUUUCUCUCUCGCGGUAUAGAAUUACAUGCAAACGAGAAAAGAAAUCUGGCAAAUCAAGCACGAAACCGUGGCAAGAAGCGAUCACACCCGGACACUACCCCAUCUGCCGCGGAAGAUAAUGGCCCUUCCGCUCCGUUUUUAGCAGCACUGGCUGUCUAUUUCGAUGCCAAUCUCGCCAUGAAAUUAGAUAUCAGUGACUUUGGCAAGGAGCCUACCAAUACACAAAAGAGACAGGUUAGACUGAGCAAAGUAUCUUGCGGAGCUUUUGUACUUGGUAGUGAAGGGAGGGUGAAACUAAUUGCCAACCCCGGGCGGGUGAUCCCUUUUGAUGAUGCGGAUGUUACUCAGGAGAAUGACGAUCCUGAUGGCCGGGAAGCCCGAUCGGUUUGGAGAGCAAAUGAGAUGUUACUACGAACGUUAGUUGCAAGGGCAGUUGGCGGACAAACACAGAGGCCAAAUGGUAAUUUGGUAUCACGGGAAGACAAUUGAGGUCAAUUUUAUUUGGAUAAUCUCAUCCUUCGUGUUUACGUGCUGCACGCAGAAGAUACCGAACAACACCACAUAUUCAAAACCUAAGUUUAUUUGAGAUGGUUUUUCACGGGAGCAUUGAGACAUCCUUCGCCAGGUUUUGAAUUAUUUGAGAUCUUUUCUGAUAUGUGAUAUCGGGAUCAUUUUCAUAUCAGAUAAUGAUUCACGGUGCAGACAAAGAGAUUCCCUAUUCCUAACAUCAUAUCCUCCCCUGACGGUGAUAAUCCUCAAUGAUAGACCUGAGGUGAUGUGU